UUAAUCGUCGCUNUCCCAGCCUCGUCGUCUGAAACCGUGUCAUCCGAGUCGGCCAAUGUGCCACUGAUUUCCAAAGAGAAACCGCUUGGUGGUCCCGGAUUCGCACCACUCAAUCCGGCCACCUAUAUUGAUGCGCUGAUACAGAGUCACUUAAAUCGCGCUCAGCUUCAGAAUCCGCGUGCCAGCGAGGCCGAGCCCGAUGCCCGAACGGUGAAUCCGAAAACCGAGGACUUGAUCAAAGAUCCAGCCAGUCCAAAUGGUGGUAGCCCGUCGACAGACGGAGAUUUGCGGCGUUCACAGCCAGAAAACAACGGUACAACUCGCUCGUCCAAUAUCAUUCAUCCACACGCCGCAGUGGAAUCCAGUGCAUCGGAGCGGAACCAUGUUGCACCCGGAAAAAGUACACUUGAGGAACAGAUUAACAAGGCAAUUGCGGAGGAGAUUCGUGCUCAAAUACGCUCUCAAACUUCGGAUUCCGGUCUACCGGUUGGAGACAAUGUAGCUUUAACCCAGUCGGAAUCACCGCAUUUCAAUACCGCCACUGCCUCGAGCAAUACACCGUCCACAGACGUCCUGCCCUCAGCCGGAAGACCCUUGAAGAAGCGCGAUCGAAGCAACUCUUACCUUUUUAUUCAAGGGAACUCCGAUACUGCACCCGCCUCCGGGGACUCUGCCACCGUCAGUCCAUCUGCACCAAUCUUGGCCGAUCCCACUUCUGGCGAGGCCGAAGAAAAAAAGAUAUCUGCGUUGUCUCGUCCAAAUGGUACACGUCUACCUCAUGAUAUUAGUGCACGGUUACCUCUAGAUGCAAAAAUAUUGAAUUCCGGUUGGUUUAUCGACACGAGUGCUCCUGUGGAGGACAGCGGAAAAACCGCUUCGAUGGCAAACAAGCGCACUGUCACUGAAGUGCUGUCUGAAGAUUCGAAGAAAUCGGACCCAGCUCCCGAAGUAAAUAGUGCAUCUAAUUUGGCUCACUUGGAUCGUUCCGGCGAAUCACAUUCACCCUCAGUCGGUGAGGCAGAAUCGCCUGGUAACUUGCAGAUUGAUCUCGCUGCUGCAGACAUUUCUCCGUCGCUGACACUGAACGAGUCCCAUCUGCCAACGUCCACAUCCCCAAAGCAUCUUGAGUCGACGGCGGACAUUUUGCCAACUAUGAGCCCCAACUCUGUAGUUCGUGUUCCCAUCCCGAUCGCUCAGUCCAGUUCUUGUCGCAGUGAAUCCGGUCAGGGACCGUUUUCCAACACCGAUUGUACGACACGGCUCACUCCGUUGGGUUCACAUCCAAAAGGUUUGCCCCCGUUGCUCACUUUGUCGAGCACUGAGAUGGUACAACUGGCUCAGUCUAAAACGGUCAGUCCGAAAUCGUCUCCUCGAUCCGUGGUACAUCAGCCAACUUAG